ACGAUGAAAAGAGGGGAUGGAAGAAAAAAGGGAAAGAAUUUAAUGAUAGCACAGAGAAAAUUCAUCAUUCUUUUUCUGCGCAUUUACGUACUAGUACUAAAGUGGCAACCUAAUUUCUAGCAGUUUCUUAAGAAGAGCUUUUACUAUUGGUGGAAAUGGCGGAAUAACAAGUCGCGUCGUUCAUAACGUCCUUCAAACGUUCCUAUCGAUUCUGAGAAUACGCGGAGCGUAUAAUACGGAGUUCACCGUCGAAACAUGCUAGUUCGUCGGUAACGGUGCUUGACUGUUGUUGUUCAGUGAAUGGUGUAACAUUCAUUAUUAUCAAGAGAAAAAGCUAUCUUACAAUUUUUUUUUCCUUUCACUAACAGCUUCAGUUAAAUCACUAAAAUUUUUAAGAAAAAUGUCAGAUAACGAGAAUAAAUCAUGGUGUCAUUCACGUCAAAAUUGUGUCGUACAACCACUUUUAACAGACUUGUACCAAAUUACAAUGGCAUACGCUUAUUGGAAAAGUCAAAAAAUGAAUGAUCAUGCUGUAUUUGAUUUAUAUUUUCGCAAAAAUCCUUUCCAAGGCGAAUUCACAAUCUUUGCUGGACUAGAAGAAUGUAUGAAAUUUUUAGAAAAAUUUCGUUAUUCCUCUAGUGAUAUUAAGUACUUGAAGUCAACAAUGCCAUCAUCAGUUGAUCAAAAGUUUUUUGAAUAUUUGAAAGACCUGACCCCAAAAGAUGUGACAAUAUAUGCUAUGGAAGAAGGAUCAGUUGUUUUUCCAAGAAUACCAUUACUAAGAGUAGAAGGUCCAUUAAUAAUGGUACAACUUUUGGAAACAACACUAUUGACAUUAGUUAACUAUGCAAGUUUAAUGGCAACUAAUGCAGCCAGAUAUCGUAUGGUUGCUGGGAAAAAUAUAACAUUGCUAGAAUUUGGUCUUCGAAGAGCUCAGGGUCCUGAUGGUGGUUUAAGUGCCUCUAAAUAUAGCUAUAUUGGUGGUUUUGAUGGUACAAGUAAUGUUUUAGCAGGAAAACUUUAUAAUAUUCCUGUAAGUGGAACACAUGCACAUUCAUAUAUCACAUCUUUUACUGGCAUUGAUGAUUUGCAAGAAAAGACUUUGGCACAUAAAGGAACAGGACAAAUUUAUGACCUUUUAGAAUUGGCUUACAAACAUCGGAAUUCUAUUGCAGCUGAUGUAGGAACAUUAGUUUCUGAAGCUUCUAGUGGAGAAUUAGCAGCUUUAAUUAGUUAUGCCAUUGCUUACCCUCAACGAUUUGUUGCUCUUGUAGAUACAUAUGAUGUGAAAAGCAUCGAAUCCUCGGCCAAGAGACAGGCAUGUAUAGCCAGCCUAAAUGUAAAGAAUAAACGUCUAACAAAUGGGUCCAAUACACAUGCCCAAAAUGGUGUCAGAAACAAUCCAAUUAUAUCAGAAUCGACUUCUCAUGACAAGAAUGGCUUAUUAAGUCAAGGCGAAUUGGGUGAGCUCUAUGUGAGGAGUGGUCUUCUAAAUUUUUGUGCAGUGGCACUAGCAUUAAAUGACUUGGGUUAUAAAGCAGUUGGUAUAAGAAUUGAUAGCGGUGAUUUAGCGUAUUUAAGUAAUACGGCGAGAAAUAUUUUCGAAAGAAUUGCCAUCAAAUACAAUAUACCUUGGUUUGCAAAAUUAACAAUCUGUGCGUCAAAUGAUAUUAACGAGGAGACUAUUCUGAGUUUAAAUGAGCAGAAUCAUAAGAUCGAUUGCUUUGGAAUUGGGACACAUUUGGUAACAUGUCAAAGACAACCAGCAUUAGGUUGCGUUUAUAAAAUGGUUGAAAUUAAUGGCCAACCUAGAAUUAAACUCAGUCAGGAAGUUGGUAAAGUAACAAUACCAGGAAAGAAAGAUGCAUUCAGAUUAUACGGAGCGGAUGGAUAUGCUUUGAUCGAUCUGUUACAAAGAUCAACAGAAGAAGUUCCACAAGUGAAACAUAAAGUUCUUUGUAGGCAUCCUUUCCAAGAAUCAAAAAGAGCUUAUGUUAUUCCAUCGCGAGUGGAAUCAUUGCAUAAGGUAUACUGGAAAAAUGGUAAAUUAUGCCAACCUUUGCCUACAUUACAAGAAAUACGAAAUAGAGUUCAAGAGUCAUUAAAAACACUCAGAAACGAUCACAAAAGAAAUUUAAAUCCUACACCAUAUAAAGUGGCUGUUAGUGAUGAUUUAUAUAAUUUCAUACAUGAUUUGUGGUUACAAAAUGCACCCAUUGGUGAACUUUCGUGAUUUGUAAAUACCAUUAAAUAAUAUCAUUAU